AUGGACCUGUCGCUGCCCUACGCCUGGAUCCGGCCGCCGCGGAAGAAGCGCGCCUACGACAUGUACCACACGCGCCACGCGUUCCCGCCCGUCGAGGAGGGCCGGACGGACGCGGACCCGACGGGCGUCGACGUCGACGACGCGGAGACGAAGCGCAAGAUCGGCGCCUUCAACGCCCUCGUCCACAAGCACCGCGUCUGCCCGGCCCAGACCAUCCCCAACGACGCGCGGCGGGCGAAACUGGCGGCGCUGCAAAACGAGGCCGCGGAGUCGCUCGGCGUCGACGACGUCGGCCGGUUCAUGAAGCACACGGUCUGGCCCUUCUGCAAGAACGGCGGCGAUCUGAGCCUCGUGGGCUUCCACUACGAGCCGAACUUCCUGCCCGCGUCCGUGGACCACGACGCCCUCGCCGGCGCCGUGUUCCCCGAGGGCUACGUCUGGGAGGACAACGACCCGAAGCACAAACAGAACCGCGAGGUCUGCACCCACGGCGUGACGCUCCUGGACAAGGAGCAGCUCAACCCGGCGGAGUGCCAGCCCCUGCCGUUCCCCGGCCUCGUCCAGCACCGCGUCGUCCCCGCGCUGCGGCGCGCGCUCGCGCGGCUCGCGCUGCCCGCGGACAUGGACUUCCUCUACGCGAACCGCUACCGCCAGGCCAAGGGCGGCUACAUCCGCUUCCACCACGACCAGCUCACGAAGAUGGGGCCCGUCGUCGCCGGCGUGUCGCUCGGCGCGACGGCGCACAUGUCCUACGUGCGGACCUGCACGCCGGACACGAAGCUCCCGGGCACGGACGGCGCCGUCGAGGUCGAGCUCGAGGCCGGCAGCCUCUACGUCAUGGCCGGCAUCUCGCGCUACGGCCUCAAGCACGGCGUCCUCGACGCGUCGUCGCGCGGCGACCGCGUGUCGCUCACGUUCCGCGAGGUCGCCAAGCCCAGCGACCCCGAGGGCCUGCGGCGCUGGCGGCGGAACCCGGCGGACAUCGUCGGGCCCGCCGACGAGAUCGCCGCCGCGUCCGCCUCGUCGUCGUCGUCGUCGUCGGACUUGGACGACGUCGCCGCGGCCUCGUCCGUCGACGAGGCGGCGUCGGCGGUGGCGUCGCUGGUGGAGUCGCUCGUGGAAUCGGUGGAGUCGCUCGUGGAAUCGCUGGUGGAUUCGUCCGUGGAGUCGCUGGUGGAAUCGCUGGUGGAAUCGCUGGAAUCGGUGGAAUCGCCAGAGUCGGUGUCGGAGGAGUCGCCGGAGGAGUCGCCGGUGGAAUCACUGGUGGAGUCGCUGGUGGAGUCGGUGCUGGAAUCGGAGGAGUCGUCGGUGGUCGCCGCCGUCGAGUCCGAGGCCGGCGUCGGCCGGGGCGUCGGCGCGGGCACGGGCGACGUCGUGGGCCGGGGCGUCGGCGCCGCCGUGGGCGUCGGCGUCGGCUUGGGCGACGGCGACGGCGUCGGCGCGCUCGUGGGCUUGGGCGACGGCGAGGGCGUCGGGGAGCUCGUGGGCUUGGGCGACGGCGACGGCGUCGGGCUCGUCGUGGGCGUCGGCGUCGGGCGGGGCGUCGGGCUCGGCGUCGGCGCGGCCGUCGGCGCGGGCGCGGGCACGGCCGUCGGCCGCGGCGCCGGGAGCGCCGUCGGCUCCGGCGCGGGGAGCGCCGUCGGCGUCGCCGUCGGGAACAAGGGGUCGACGCCGCACUGGUGCGUGACGGCGUCGUCGAGGGUCACGCGCGUGCGGCCCGGCGACGAGAGCGAGAGCGAGAGCUUGGACGACAUGAGCUGGCACGUCGCGCCGAGGGGGUACUUGGCCGCGACGUCGUCGCAGACCACCUUGUCGUACUCGGAGAUCGUGUCCCAGGGCAUGCCGCCCUCGUCGAGGUGGCUCGAGAACUUGGUGUGCGUGCAGCAGUCCCAGGCCGUCGGCGCGGACGACGGCGCGGGCGACGGCGCGAUCGUCGGCCGCGCGAAGGGCGAGGCCGUCGGCACGGACGUCGGCGCGGGCACGGGCGGCUGCGUCGGAUUGCCCGGGAGGGGCGUCGGCGACGACGUCGGCACGAAGGUCGGCGCGGGCGUCGGCGUCACCGUCGGCAGCGCGGAGGGCGUCGCGGUCGGCGCGACGCAGUCGCAGCGGACCACGAAGUUCACCGUGGAAAACGUGAAGCUCUGGGGGCAGUCCUCGACGUCGCACUCGAGCGUCUUCGUCGAGACGACGGUCUCCGUGCAGGUCGUCGGGGCGGCCGUCGUCGGCGUCGUCGUCGGCGUCCAGGUCGUCGUCGUCGGGGCCGUCGUCGGCGCGGCCGACGGCGUCGCCGUCGUCGGCGCGCGCGUCGGCUUCGGCGUCGGCACGGGCGUCGGCAGGGACGUCGGGAUGGCGGUGGGCGCGGGCACGGGCAGGCUCGUCGGGAUGUCCUCGCAGAUCCAGCAGUUGCGCAGCGUCGACACGACGUCCAUCUCGCAGCCGUACGUCGAGAGCGUCGAGGCGCACUGGGCCGUCGGGACCGCCGUCACGUCCGUGGAGACGCUCGAGGCGGAGGAGAUCGUGCCGUCGUCGGCGCUGAUCGACGAGAUCGCCGCCGCGUCCGCCUCGUCGUCGUCGUCGUCGUCGGACUUGGACGACGUCGCCGCGGCCUCGUCCGUCGACGAGGCGGCGUCGGCGGUGGCGUCGCUGGUGGAGUCGCUCGUGGAAUCGGUGGAAUCGCUCGUGGAAUCGCUGGUGGAAUCGCUGGUGGAAUCGCUGGUGGAAUCGCUGGAAUCGCCAGAGUCGGUGUCGGAGGAGUCGCCAGAGGAGUCGCCGGUGGAAUCACUGGUGGAGUCGCUGGUGGAGUCGGUGCUGGAAUCGGAGGAGUCGUCGGUGGUCGCCGCCGUCGAGUCCGAGGCCGGCGUCGGCCGGGGCGUCGGCGCGGGCACGGGCGACGUCGUGGGCCGGGGCGUCGGCGCCGCCGUGGGCGUCGGCGUCGGCUUGGGCGACGGCGACGGCGUCGGCGCGCUCGUGGGCUUGGGCGACGGCGAGGGCGUCGGGGAGCUCGUGGGCUUGGGCGACGGCGACGGCGUCGGGCUCGUCGUGGGCGUCGGCGUCGGGCGGGGCGUCGGGCUCGGCGUCGGCGCGGCCGUCGGCGCGGGCGCGGGCACGGCCGUCGGCCGCGGCGCCGGGAGCGCCGUCGGCUCCGGCGCGGGGAGCGCCGUCGGCGUCGCCGUCGGGAACAAGGGGUCGACGCCGCACUGGUGCGUGACGGCGUCGUCGAGGGUCACGCGCGUGCGGCCCGGCGACGAGAGCGAGAGCGAGAGCUUGGACGACAUGAGCUGGCACGUCGUCGGGGCGGCCGUCGUCGGCGUCGUCGUCGGCGUCCAGGUCGUCGUCGUCGGGGCCGUCGUCGGCGCGGCGGACGGCGUCGCCGUCGUCGGCGCGCGCGUCGGCUUCGGCGUCGGCACGGGCGUCGGCAGGGACGUCGGGAUGGCGGUGGGCGCGGGCACGGGCAGGCUCGUCGGGAUGUCCUCGCAGAUCCAGCAGUUGCGCAGCGUCGACACGACGUCCAUCUCGCAGCCGUACGUCGAGAGCGUCGAGGCGCACUGGGCCGUCGGGACCGCCGUCACGUCCGUGGAGACGCUCGAGGCGGAGGAGAUCGUGCCGUCGUCGGCGCUGAUCGUUGCCAGUGCCUCAAUUGUGAAUAGGGAAAUGUAUCAAUUGGAGGCUGGCGCCAUGGCGAAGAAGAAGCUGAAGCUCGUGAUCAAGUGCCCGUGCAAGAUCAAGCUGCCCAUCUUCGAUGAGGACAGCGCGGUCUACAUCAUCUGGAACAUCAUCCUCAUGGCCGCGGUGAUCUGGAGCUGCGUCAACGCUCCGCUCUCCGUGGGACGGUCGACGAACUGGGACAAGUCGGGGCACGGGGUCUCGUUCCGCUGCGGGGAGUCCUGCACGGAGCUCCUCAACUUCGUCAACCACCUCGUGGACCUCAUCUUCCUCAUCGAGCUCUUCAUGCGCUUCGACGCGCGCGAGAUCGUCGACGACCACAAGGCGAUCAAGGAUCGCUACACGCACAGCCUGCUCUUCUGCACGAACAUUUUAGCGGCCGUGCCGCUCGUGACGUCCUUCGCGUACAGCGUGCCCUACGUGAAGAUCGCGACGGACGUGCUGCGCAUCACGCGCGUGUCCCACUUCAAGUCGACGAUGAUGGUGCUGCGCACGGUCCUCGUCCACAAGUACGACAUCGAGGUCGCCGUCGCGAUGAUCCAGAUGGUCGACAGCCUCAACUACCUCAUCAUCAUGACGCUGAUCCUGUGCUCCAUCCAGUGGGGGCCGUCGCUGCCCAUGAACGCCCACGAGCUGGCGUCCAACGCCAUCAUCAUGACCGUGUCCCUCAUGUUCUACGCCAUCGUCUUUGCGAAUUUGGCGAGUACGGUCGAGACGAACAACGUCGUGCUCAACGGCUUCAAGGCCGACAUCGACCCCGUGAAGCAGUUCAUGAAGGUGAACCGCAUCGAGCCCAUCCUCAAGAGCCGCAUCACCAUCUUCUUCGACUACCUCUACAUCCGCCAGAGCGGCAUGACGGACGACCAGAUCCUGAGUGAGCUGCCGAAGGCGCUCCGGCGCGGCAUCGCGAACCGGUCUUUGGGCCUGCUGAGCGGCGUGCCCUUCUUCAAGCCCGACAUGCGGCCGCCGGAGUUCCUCAACUCCGUCGUCGACACCUUGUACGGCCGCGUCUACCUGCCGGACCAGUGGCUCAUCAAGGCGCAGGAGGCGAAGCGGGAGAUGCUGAUUCUCCGCGAGGGCGAGGCCUACAUCAUGCACAACGGCGUCCAGCUCGCGGCGGUGACGGUGGGCGACUACUUUGGGGACUACCAGUGCGUGCUCGGCGGCAAGUACCCCGUGGGCCUCCGCGCGGGCGCGGGCUUCGUCGAGACGCUCGUGCUCACGUACGAGUCGCUCAAGUCGACGGUGCGGCGCUUCGCGCCCAAGGAGGACGACAUCAGCGACACGCCCAACAAGAAGAAGAGCAAGAAGGACGCGGAGAAGGCCAAGGUGCCCACCGUGUCCAUGCUCGACACGGACGCGGGCAUCGUCGAGACGAAGCGGCUCUACCGCGAGACCAUCGCGGCGUGGGGGUCCGCGUCGGGCGCGAUGCCGCCGCCGCGGUCCUCCGCGGCGACGCUCGGCGCCAUGCAGGGCGAGGACAAGGUGCCCUCGAAGCCCGCGGCGGCCUGGGGCGCGGGCAACGGCGGCGCGGCGCCCGCGGCGCCCAAGUCCGCGAGCCUCAACGACCAGGUCGCCGCGCGGCGGUCGCGCGCGACGAUCGUGUCGACGGCGGGCGCGGGCAUCUCCGCCGCCGACAGCGCCGCCGUCGGCGCCGUCGUGCCCCUGCCGAACAUGGACAUGGGCGCCGGCGAGGACAACGCGAUGCUCAUGGACCGCGCGGCCGCGUCGGGCCUCGUGAUCCUGCCCGGCUCGUUCGCGCGCUUCGGCUGGGACAUCUUCCUCUUCUUCGCGCUCAUGUUCACCUGCGUGACGCCCCAGCUCCGCCUCUUCCGCCAGUACCGCGAGGGCAAGCUCACGGCGCGCUACAUGCGCAACCGCGGCUGGCAGUCCGGCAUGGAGGCGACGCUCGUGCUCGACUACUUCUUCGACAUCUGCUUCGACGUGGACAUGAUCUUCCGCCUCUUCUUCUUCGGCAUCAACACGGUCGUCGACGGCCGCGACCUGCUGUUGGUGGAGCGGUCCGCGAUCACCGCGCACCACAUGGAGAGCAAGCGGUUCCGCGUCGACUUCCUGAGCUGCGUGCCCAUCGACCUCGUGGGCCUCUUCGUGGGCCACUGGUCCUACCUCCGCGUGCCCCACGUGCUCCGCUUCUGGAACAUCAAGUUCUACAUCACGAACAUCACGGACUUCAUCGAGGAGUACUACGUCGUGUCGCCGAACACGAUCCGCGCGUGGAUCAUGACGUGCCAGCUCAUCUUCAUCGUGCUCACGGUGUCCAGCGUCUGCGGCAUGACGGACACGGCCAUCGCCGGCGACAACUACACGGGCAACAUGCUCUACCUCAUCCACGACUCGCUCGCGGCCUUGAUGACCGUCGACUACGCGGCCGUCGUCGACACGGCCGUCGGCUCCGACUUCCAGACGCUCGGGCUCAACAUCAUCUUGGUGGCCUACUUCACGACCGUCGUCUCCAACUUCUCCAUGAUGAUCCGCUUCGUCGACCUCACGGAGGCGAACACGACGCACAAGUCGAACGUGCUCAACGCGUUCAUGCGCACGAACUACGUGUCGCCCGCGCUCAAGGAGAAGAUCAACUUCUACAUCGACUUUUUAGCCGAGGAGCGCGACGGCACCGACGAGAUGGCCAUGCUCAACAAGCGUUUACCGCUCAAUUUGCGCCAGGACCUCAUCGCGUCCAUGCUGGAGCCCGCGUUCCGCAAGUCGCCGACGCUCCACGACCAGGACCACCUCUUCCUCUACGAGCUCAUCGUGCGCAUGGAGCUCCACUUCUUCGGGGUGGACGAGGAGAUCGUCGAGUACACGCUGCCGGCGCCGGGCCUCUACAUCAUCCAGACGGGCGUCGUCGAGAUCACCGUGGGCGCGUACCACGCGCGGAACCUGCGGACGAACGACACGUUCUGCGAGGAGGCGCUGCUCAAGCACGUCACCUACAGUCGCUACUCCGCGACGACGAAGGAGGUCACGGAGACCUGGCACCUCCAGCACCACCGCUUCACGGAGCUCCUCUUCCACUUCCCCGCGGUGCGCUACAACCAGCGCGAGCUCGAGAAGCGGCCCGUGCGCUACGAGAUCGACCGCGAGCAGGGCUGCGUCAAGAUCAUCGACAACAACGGCAACUUCCAGCUCGCGGGCGACGCGGGCAAGAAGUCCAAGACGAAGAUGUCGCAGCUCAUCCAGCGCACGACGCAGCGCAACGCGCUCCUCACGGCCGACGAGUCGACGGCGCUCAAGAAGGGCGCGGACACGCUCAAGCUGGCGUCGUCGCGCUACAAGAACGCGGGGUCCCUGGGCCACGCCUGGAACUGCGUCGUGCUGUUCUUCGUGCUCUGGAACAUCGCCAUCGUGCCCUUCAACGCGGUCUUCCGCGAGGGCCACGACAUCUCGCCCGUCGACGUGCUGCCCUACUACGUCGGCGACAUCGUCCUCGUCAUCGACGCCCUCGUCUGGCACUCGCACUGCGUCACCUACUUUUGGUCCAACUCGAAGCGCUACCGCAGCGGCCUCGCCGCGCCGCUCGCGAUCCUCGCCGCGCUCCCGCUCGACGUGCUCUACUUCGCGAUCCCCGGCAAGAACAUGGGCUCGGCCCAGCGCCUCGCGUCCUGCCGCCUCAACAAGAUGCUCCGGGUCAUGGACGUGGGCUCCCUCGUCUUCGCGCUCGAGGCGGCCAUCGAGCACGCGGGCGUCAAGGUGAGCGAGGACGCGCGGAACGUCGCGGUGCUCAUCACGGGCUUCCUCUUCACGGCCCACCUCACGGCGACGGGCUUCUUCUGGUGCGCCAACAGCGUCCACCUCAACGGCAACGAGAACACGUGGGCCUACGACAGCGGCCUCCUCCGCCACUGCUCGCUCGGCGGCCUCGACGGCUGCGACAACAUCGACCCCUACGCGCGCGUGCCCGACGACGGCCUCUGGGCGGGCAAGCCCCUGAAGCAGCCCCAGCUCGGCACGACGAAGAAGUUCUCCGGCGACGGCAUCACGGACGCGUACACGGCCGCGCUCCUCUGGGCGUUCGGCACGCUCACGGCGCGCGACCAGAACUUCGGCGCGACGGGCGACCGCGAGUUCCGCUUCUCCAUCUUCGCCCUCCUGCUGGCCACGGGCUUCUACGCCCUCAUCGUCGCCAUCGUCGAGGACGCGCUCUCGCAGACGGGCCUGUCGCGGUCGUUCUUCCUCCGCAAGGUGAACAAGGCGACGCAGUACUGCGACCAGCAGCACCUGCCCGGCGCCCUGCGGCGGUCCGUGCUCGCCUACUACGAGCGCCUCUGGGUCCAGCAGCGCGGCAUCGGCGGGUCCGAGGUGCUCGAGAUGCUGCCCAUGAACCUCCGCGCGGACUUCAUCGUCGAGGUCGCGGGCGACAUGAUCGCGUCGCUCCACGGCGUCAAGCCCUACACGGCGACGCUCGUCGCCGAGCUCGUCAAGCGCGUCGGCUUCGAGUUCUACAUGCCCAGCGACAUGCUCUUCCGCGACGGCGAGUGCGCGACGACGGUCUACUGCGUCACCGACGGCCGCGUGGAGCUCGUGGGCAGCGACCAGGUCGUCCAGGCGACGCUCGACUACAAGGGCAAGGAGCGGCUCCGGCUCAAGACCCAGAGCGACAAGUCGACCAAGGGCCAGAAGACCAAGUCCGAGCCCAUCAUCCUGGGCGAGGGCGAGUUCUUCGAGCGCAUGCUCUACUCCAUCUCCGUGCAGGCCGCGCACACGACGCACACGAUCCAGCUCACCUACGAGGCCUUCGAGUCGUCCCUGGAGCUCACGAUGCUCAUCGGCGAGUACCGCGCGUACAUGGCCAAGGAGGGCCAGAAGCUCGCGGAGCUCCGGACGGGCGACCGCUACAUCCAGGGGUUGGGCGACGGCGCGGGCAAGAAGUCGAAGCGCGGCAAGAAGAAGCAGAAGGUCAUCAUGCCCAACGACCCCUUCCGCGUCGUCUGGCUCGUCGUCUCCAUGUUGGGACUCAUGUGGUACAGCACGACGAUCCCGUUCCUCGUCGCGUUCGGCACGAAGAACAACAUGGACGGCAGCAAGGGCCUGCCGUCGACGGUGCUCAUCAUCGACGCGCUGCUCACGCUCUUCUACAUCGCCGACAUCCCGCUGCACCUCCAGAUGUUCGUGACGCGCUUCGAGGGCCAGAUGGUCGUCAAGGUCGAGGAGUUCCGCAUGAUCUACAUGAAGCACCACCUGCCCUACGACACGGUGUCGUUGAUUCCGUUGGCCAUCAUCGGCCACCUGAGCGGCGCCGAGCGGUCGACCUGCGUCUGCCUCCGCGUCGUCCAGCUGUCGCGGCUCCGCCACAGUACGCGCUACGUCGACGACAUCAUCCGGCUGCUCGUCGAGGAGCUCAAGAUCAAGUUCCUGGGCAUGGCGGGCGUGGGCAAGGCGCUCCAGAUGUUCAUGCUCUUCUGCCUGACGAUCCACUGGUGCUCGUGCUGCUGGUUCGCGCUCGCGCGGCUCGAGCGGUCGAACGGCAAGACGAACUGGAUCGACACGUACUGGAAGUUCGGCGUCGACUCCUACGAGAUGCGCUACCAGGACAUCCAGUACAACGGGAGUUGGAAGUUCUGGUACCGCGCGUCCUUCACCUGGGCCUUCGCGACGUUCACGUCCUUUGGGGACCUGGGGGUGGACCCCGUGACGCGCGUCGAGCGGCUCUACCAGAUCGCGAUCAUGAUCUUCGGCGUGCUCCUGAGCGACGUGAACCUCCUCGCCAUGCUCGCGUCCAUCGUCGAGCUCGCGGCGCUCCAGCAGCACAAGAACCACCGGCGGACGAUCUGCGCGCGGAACUUCAUGGGCCGCCUCGACCUGGACCCGGAGCUCCGGCGCCGCGUGCUCGACUUCUUCGAGUACGCGGACAACGAGCUCCAGAAUUUGGACGAGGCCCAGUUCCUCAACGAGAUCAACCGGUCGCUCAACAGCGCCAUCCUCUUCCACUUCGCGCACAAGAAGCUCUGCGACUCGAUCAAGUUCGGCGCGUUCCAGGAGGGCAUCGUCGCGUCGCUCGUGAACCUCAUGAUCCCCUACACGGCCGUGCCCGGCGAGCGCGUGCUCGAGGCGGGCACGAACGACGAGACCUACUUCAUCCUCCAGGUCGGCCGCGCGUCCGCCGUCGACGCGUGCGGCGACGCGGAGGCCGUGCCGAGCGGCGCGAUCCUGAGCAACGUCGAGUACCUCCAGGCCGCGAAGCGCGUCGGCGUGCCCAAGCGCAAGCUGACCAUCGACGUCUUCCGGGGCAGGAACCUCACGUCCAUGGGCAUGAUGGGCGCGACGCACCCCUACGUGAUGGCCGUCGUCAAGACCCAGACGUCCUUCGGCGUGAGCUACAAGCAGGCGUCGACGUCCGUGCGCAAGUUCACGCGGACGCCCGAGUUCAACGAGUCCUUCUCCGUGAAGAUCUACAAGAACACGGAGGAGGCCGAGAUCAACCUCAUGCACUACCGCCGGGGCCUCAACGGCCAGUUCAUGGGCAAGGUCACGAUCGACCUCAUGGACGACGGCUCCUGCAAGCGCCAGUGGCACAAGCUCAAGAACGAGAAGGAGCAGCUCGUCGGCGAGAUCAGGAUACGCGCGACGCCCGAGGACCUGCCGCCCGAGUCCAUCGCGAAGAACGCGGAGGUGUCCAUCGUCGCGGACACGUUCUGCCACUUCUACAGCCUCGACUCCAAGUCCCAGGACGACCUCAAGCGCUACAUGAAGGCCAUGCGCCUGCCCCUGAUCAAGCGCCUCCCCGAGGAGCUCCGCGUGUCCGUCGCGAAGAAGCGCGAGCGCGCGCUCGCCAAGGCGCGGAACCUCGGCCGCGCGAUCAAGAUGGGCAUCAUGCCCAAGCCCGCGCAGGAGCCCGCGCCCGAGGCCGCGGCGUCGCCGCCGCCCAAGGCCGCGGCGGCGCCGCCGCCGUCGUCCAAGCCCGAGCAGAAGGAGGACGAGAACGUCGUCGUCGAGGUGCUCAAGGACAAGGCGCCGGCGACGUCGAGCGCGGUCGAGGUCAUCAAGGACAAGGCCGGCGACGGCGCGGCCGCGCCCGGCGGCGCCGCGGCGCCCGGCGACGCGCCGCCCGGCGACGACGAGGAGCUCGACGACGACGAGCCCAUCCUCGAGGCGCCGGACCAGGAGGCGGACGAGAUCAACGCGCUCGCGAACUCGAUGUUCAAGACCAACGUCGAGACCGCCGAGCAGAGCUCCAUCACGGGCCUGGGCGCGGGCGCCGACUCCGAGACCAUCAAGAUCACCCAGGGCGCCCUGCGGGCGACCAUGCGCCGGACCAUCACGGGCCGCGCGUCGAUGGCCGGCGGCCGCGCGUCGCAGGCCGGCCGCGCGUCGCAGGCCGGCGCGGCCGCGGCCGCGGCCGCGGCCUCCGGCGGCGCCGCGGCGAGCCCGCGCCGCGCGUCCAACGUCGGGCGCGUCGCGCCCCGCACGUCCAUGCGCCACGGCAUCGGCCAGACCAUCCAGCGCCCGCCGUCCGUCAUCGGCGUCAAGCACGCCGCCGACAGCCACCCGCCGCCGCGCGCGUCCAUGUUCGCCCACCGCACCCGCAUCGAACCCAUCGGCGAGGACCACGACGACGACCACGCCGAGCCCGCCCCCUCGGCAUGA